AUGUGGACCAACGAAUGUGUGUUGAUUUAUAUCAUACAACGCAAUAUUGAUUUUUUUAAAACUGACGAAGAAUUGACGUGCGAAAAUGUUAAACAAGUUCUUGACUAUGUCAACAAAGACCUCAAGCGAAAUGCGAAUGAUGACUCUGACGCAACACUUAAAGAAAAAGCGCAACCUAUACUUAACAACUGGAAAUCGAUCGGUUAUGAACUCUUAGUUCGUGCCUACUCUUCCUUGGCAGAAGCUGUAUAA